CCCAAUCUGAUUUCAAUACCAAGAAAGAUCUUAAAUAUUUAAAAAAAAUAUUGCUUCUUGAUGAUGAAUGGGAUGCAAUAAAUGAUUUAGUAGAGAUUCUCCAACCAUUUACCGAAGCUACUAAUUACUUAGGUAGAAGUAAUUAUUGCACCUAUUUGAUAAUGGUUCCUAUUUUAAUUGAGCUAAAAAAAGAUGAUCAGUUAUCAGUCUCUAAUAAUGAUAAUAUAGCAGACAUUAAUGACGAUGAUGAUGAUGAUAACUUUCACACUUAUUUGAUGAUGAUACAA